AGCAGAUAUGUGAUACUCUUUCUAAAUUCCCACUAAUUAUAUAAGUAUAAAAAUUAGUAAUUUAUAAAAUUAACUAUUUCCUAUUACCAUAAAUUUACGUCAUUUCUAGAUUACUUCAAUCAUCUUUUCUUAUCUUAAGUAUUAAAAUAAUUUCAAGUAUCAAGUAACAUAUAAUUUAUUUCACCUAUCAAGUAACAUAUAAUUUGUCAUUCAUUUGGAUAAAGGAAUAUAUUCAAAUAAAAAUAUUUCAUAAUUUUAAUUGUCUGCAUGUCCCGUUGUCAUUCAUUUGCAUUACUGUGACAAAUUAAACUAUUUACAAUAAAAACAUAAUGAAAGUAGACACAUACACAUGAACAUCUUCUUCUAAUUACUAAUUUAAUUGUGUUUAUUACAUUUGUAGAUUUACAGUUAAGUGAUCAAGAGUUGCAAAAUUUAACUCUUCUAGAGAUUGAGAAGUUGAUGCAAAAAAAGAGAAAAAGUUUAAAAGACUAUCCCUCAAUACCAUAUCCAAAUGGAUAUAUCACGGAACAACUAGGAAAUAGGCUUAUUUAUGCAGAACGUGAUUAUGAUACAUCCAAGUUGCGUGAAGAGUUCCAAACUUUGUAUGCUUCUCUUACAGAUGAACAAAAAGGCAUAUUUGACACAAUAAUGGAAGCUGUGACUAACCAAAAAGGCGGAGUAUACUUUUUAUAUGGUUAUGGUGGUACAGGGAAAACCUUUAUGUGGAGGACAUUAGCUUCUGCCUUACGUUCUCAGCGUCAUAUUGUUUUAACUGUUGCAUCCAGUGGUAUUGCUUCUCUACUCUUACCUGGCGGUAGAACUGCACACUCUAAAUUUUCAAUCCCAGUUCCGACUCUAGAGAACUCUACAUGCAAUAUACAUCAAGGGAGUGAACUUGCAGAGCUUUUAAAACAGACUAAGUUGAUAAUUUGGGAUGAAGCAACAAUGGCUAAUAGAUUUUGUUUUGAAGCACUAGACAGAAGCCUAAAUGACAUCAUCAACAAUGAUGGUGAUUCUAUUUCACCAUUCGGAGGAAGAGUGAUUGUCUUUGGAGGAGACUUCAGACAAACUUUACCAGUUAUUCCUGGAGGAAGCCAUUCAGACAUUGUUAAUGCUACAAUCAAUUCUUCAUAUCUAUGGGAUGACUGUCAGGUAUUGUCUCUUACUAAAAAUAUGCGACUCCAAAAAAAUUUGGAUAUGACAAGUGCUACUGAGCUCAAAGAAUUUUCAAAAUGGAUAUUGGAUGUGGGAGAUGGAAAAAUAUCAGAGCCAAACGAUGGUUAUGCAGAAAUAAAGAUUCCAGAUGAAUUCUUGAUUAAAGAAUUUGAUGAUCCAAUAGAUGCAAUAGUCCGUAGCACAUAUCCGAACUUGCUGGAGCAAUACAAAAAUGAGGAAUUUCUUAAGUCUAGAGCUGUCUUGGCAUCAACUAUUGAAAUUGUCGAUAAAAUUAACGACUAUGUUCUUUCAACGCUCCCAGGUGAAGAAAGAGAAUAUUUAAGUUGCGAUUCUGUAGACAAGUCGGAUGUAGUUGAAGCAGAAGCAUUUGAAGCGUUGACACAAGAGUUUCUCAAUUCCUUGAGAACAUCAGGUCUCCCAAAUCACAACAUACGACUUAAGGUUGGAACUCCAGUAAUGUUGCUAAGAAAUAUAGACCAGUCAGAAGGACUAUGUAAUGGAACUAGAUUGAUUGUCACAAGACUGGGAAAUCAUGUCAUUGGAGCAAGAAUCAUGUCUGAAGGCAAUGAUGGAGAUGAGAUUUACAUACCUCGAAUGUGUAUGUCUCCUUCUCAAUCACCAUGGCCUUUUAAACUUAUAAGAAGACAAUUUCCUAUAAUGGUCUCAUAUGCGAUGACAAUCAAUAAAUCUCAAGGACAGUCACUGGAAAGAGUUGGAUUAUACUUGCCUAGACCUGUUUUUAGUCAUGGACAAUUGUAUGUGGCAUUGUCAAGAGUUCAGAGCAAACAUGGAUUGAAGAUUUUAAUACAUGAUAGGGAUGGAAAAUCAUUAGACACUACUACGAAUGUUGUAUUCAAAGAGGUUUUCCAAAAUCUUUAACACGUAAGUUUAAUAUUUUAUUUAAUAUUUAUUUUAUUAACUUACACUUUAUGAUAUUGACAUG